AUGGCAGGUCUAGCUCGACAUGUUGACCCCGACGAGCUCAUCAAGAAGCUCCACGACCACCCUGCUCACCGUUCCGGUCAUCACGCGGAACGUGCCGUCUCUCACACCACUCCUUACUCGACCCGAUAUGCCGCCAGCACAGAGCUCUCCAAAUUCCGUAUACCGCACGACGGCGCGCCAGCAGAUGCUGUGCACCAAUUGCUCAAAGACGAGCUAGAUCUCGAUGGAAGGCCGAAUCUAAAUCUCGCUAGCUUCGUUGGGACAUAUAUGGAAAAGGAAGGGGAGAGACUUAUGAUUGAGAACCUCUCCAAGAACCUGUCGGACGCUGAUGAGUAUCCGGCCAUGAUGAAUAUGCAUGCAAGAUGUGUGUCCAUUCUGGCAGAUCUAUGGGGCGUGCAGAAAGGUGAGAAGGCUAUUGGAUCUGCGACCACUGGCUCGAGUGAGGCGAUUCAUCUCGGAGGCCUCGCGAUGAAGCGCCGUUGGCAAGAGAAGAGGCAGAAAGAGGGGAAAGACACUACCAAGCCGAACAUCUUGAUGGGGGCAAAUGCUCAAGUCGCGCUCGAGAAGUUCGCAAGAUACUUUGAAGUGGAAGCCCGUAUACUUCCCGUGAGCGCAAAGAGCAGAUACCGCCUCGACCCCGACUUGGUCAAGAAAAACAUCGAUGAAAAUACCAUUGGCGUAUUCGUCAUCUUGGGCAGCACCUACACCGGGCACUACGAGCCUGUGGAAGAAAUAUCCAAGAUUCUUGAUGAUUACGAGAAAGAAACUGGUGUAGAUAUCCCGAUCCAUGUGGAUGGUGCAUCUGGAGCGUUCAUUGCACCCUUCACAUAUGCCCAAGCCGGUGGCCCGAAAUGGAAUUUCGAACUGCCCCGCGUCAAGUCGAUCAACGUAUCCGGUCACAAGUUCGGCCUUGUUUAUGCAGGCGUUGGCUGGAUCAUCUGGCGUGAUGAGUCUUAUCUCCCGAAGCAUUUGGUCUUCGAGCUCCACUAUCUUGGCGGAACGGAGGAGUCGUACACAUUGAACUUCUCACGGCCAGGAGCUCAGAUCAUUGCCCAGUACUACAACUUGAUACAUCUUGGGUUCACCGGAUAUCGGCAGAUCAUGGAGAAUGCUCUCGCCAACGCUAGGCUCCUCAGCCGUGCUCUUGAAGCAACUGGCUGGUAUCAAUGUGUCAGCGAUAUCCAUCGGAAGAAGGGAGAUUAUAUCUUCGAAAAAGGGAAAGAAGUCUACAACGAGGGAGAGACCAGCGCAGAUUACAAUUCAGGCAUUCCCGUCGUGGCCUUCUGCUUCUCCGAGGACUUCAAGAAGGACUACCCCCACGUCAAGCAAGUGUCAGUAAGCAACUUGCUCAGAGCUAAGCAGUACAUUAUACCUAAUUACCCUCUGCCGCCGAACGAAGACAAAACCGAGAUUCUCCGAGUGGUGGUGCGCGAGUCCAUGUCGAUGGACCUGCUGGAUAGGCUCAUUUCAGACAUCUGCGACGUGACAGAGACGCUGAUGCAGACAGAUGUUGUAGAUCUGGCAGCAUGGCAGCCUGCCUCUGCUAGCUUCGAAAAGCAACACCUCAGUCGAGGGCUCGAAUCGCGUAACCGCCAUGAAGCGAAACAGCCAAUGAGCGCGGGAGUCCACCGCUCGGUGUGCUGA